AUGGCUUCAGCAGCGCCAGAGAAAGAGAAGGACAAGUCCAAGGUGCACAAGCUGUCGCUGAAGGGCAGCGCCAAGCUUGUUGCCGAGUUUUUCCAAUACUCGAUUCACACAAUUCUCUUCCAACGGGGCGUCUACCCCGCCGAGGACUUCACGACGGUCAAGAAGUAUGGGCUCAACAUGCUGGUGUCGGCCGACGACCAGGUGCGCGCCUACAUCAAGAAGAUCAUGUCGCAGCUCGACAAGUGGAUGGUCGGCGGCAAGGUGCAGAAGCUGGUCAUCGUGAUUACCGACAAGGACACGGGCGAGCACGUGGAGCGCUGGCAGUUUGACGUGCAAAUCCUAGCGAAGCAAUCCAAAUCGUCCAAGUCCUCCUCCAAAUCGAAAUCAUCUUCUUCCAAAGUAGCAACAACCAACGCCAACGAAAACCAAGCACAACAACAACAAGAAGAAAACCAAGAAAACUCCUCCUCCUCAAAGGACAACAAGACAGCCCCCGAACCCGCCGCUGUCGCCGUUGAAAAAACCGAGGCCGAGAUCCAGGCCGAGAUCGCCGCCAUCUUCCGGCAGAUCACGGCGUCGGUGACCUUCCUUCCCCAGCUGCAGGGCGGCGUGCCCGUCGAGUGGGGCGACAGCGACGCCAAGGAGAUCGUCAAUGGCGAGCGCGUGCAGCUGCGCGGCUUCAGCACGGCCAGCCACCGCGUCGACACGCUGGUCAGUUAUCGCCUGGCGGACUAG